AUGGCAUCCUGUGUGGCCCUGCGCAUGGCACUGCUGAUCAUCUUGGGGGUCCUGGCCCCUGCAGUGCUUACAGCAGAGGGUCCGCAGGAGCCCGCGCCCACCCUGUGGAACGAGCCCGCAGAGCUGCCGUCGGGAGAAGGCCCGGUGGAGAGCACCAGUCUGGGCCAGGAGCCCGCGGUCACCGGUCCCCCGGCCCCCACCGCCGCGCCGGGUCCGGAGGACAGCACAGCGCGGGAGCGGCUGGACCAGGGCGGCGGCUCGCUGGGGCCCGGCGCCAUCGCGGCCAUCGUGAUCGCCGCCCUGCUGGCCACCUGCGUGGUGCUGGCGCUCGUGGUCGUCGCGCUGAGAAAGUUUUCCGCCUCCUGA